AGAAGAAGUAGAAGACUCAAAACGCUGAGGCAUAUCAAGGUAUACAAAUAUGAGUGCUGCUGCCAGUAAGCUGCCUAGGGUAUUGGUAAGGCUGGGACUUAUUGGAGGCAUUGGUCUAUAUGCGGCUUACCAUAGUCUUUACAAUGUUGAGGGAGGGCAUAGGGCUAUUGUGUUUAACCGCAUACACGGUGUCAAAGACAGGGUUUACACUGAAGGAACACACUUAAUGAUUCCAUGGUUUGAAAGGCCAAUAGUUUAUGAUGUUCGAGCUCGACCCCAUCUUGUUGAGAGUACAUCUGGGAGUCGUGACCUUCAAAUGGUCAAGAUAGGGCUUCGAGUUCUUACACGUCCUGAGGCACAGAAGCUGCCCACAAUCUACCGAACUCUUGGUCGGAACUAUAAUGAGAGAGUCCUGCCUUCAAUAACUCAUGAAACUCUGAAAUCCGUGGUUGCUCGAUAUAAUGCUAGCCAGCUCCUCACUCAGAGAGAGAAAGUUAGUGCGGAGAUUCGUGAUGUACUGAAUAAAAGGGCAGCCAACUUUAACAUUGCACUAGAUGAUGUGUCAAUUACAAGCCUAACUUUUGGUAAGGAGUUUACAUCUGCUAUUGAAGCUAAGCAGAUUGCUGCUCAAGAAGCUGAGAGGGCAAAGUAUAUUGUUGAGAAAGCCGAGCAAGAUAAGAAAGGUGCCAUCAUCAGGGCACAGGGUGAAGCCAAGAGUGCCCAGCUAAUUGGUGAAGCUAUUGCCAAGAAUGAGUCAUUCAUCACGCUUCGAAGAAUUGAAGCUGCAAGAGAGAUAGCGCAGACAAUAUCAAAUUCUGUCAACACCGUGUACUUGAAUGCUGGUGACCUUUUGCUGAACCUUAAAGGAAUUAAUUUAGAAAAGUGCAAGCAGUGAGAAGUACUAACAGGAGGACAUUAAGCUUGUUAGUGCUUACCAUUGGAUGGCUGGAAUAUUAUGCACUCAAGAAUGAAGAGAUAUGAACUAACGAGAAUUUUGAAUUUUUACAACCAUGGAUUUGAUGCAUUUCUGAAAUUGUCU